GCGAGCGCUGUCGUUUCCUUCCUGACCUUUGAACCUUGGCUGAAUUAUCCAAUCAGAUUGAAGCUUGUUGAGUCGUGGAGGAGAAGUUCGGCUGCUAAAUGCUAAGUCAACAUGUCCUCUACUGAUGGGAAUAAUGCUCCAAGCCAAGCACCACCUUAUCCUGGAGUCCCUCCAUCAGCAAUUCCCCCUCCUUUUAUGGGACCACCUGGAAUACCGCCUCACUUCCCACCUAUGGGAAUGCCACCGAUGGGUCAGAGGCCCCCCAGCAUGGCUCCUAUUCCUGGAGGGAUGAUUCCACCACCCAUGAUGCCCCCGAUGGGAGCCCCUCCAAUGGGACAGAUGCCAGGCAUGAUGCCACCGAUGAUGCCGCCAAUGAUGCCACCACGCAUGCCAGCAGCGACGUUGCAGCCCACAGGACCGCCCGGUGUUAGUCCUGUGGAUACAGCUGCAACUGCUGCUCCUGGAACUACUAGCACAACAGCAAAUGACUCUUCCCCAGAUGAUCAGCCUAAAAAGAAAUCAGUGUGGACAGAGCAUAAGUCAGUGGAUGGCAAAACCUAUUACUACAACACAGAGACCAAGCAGUCCACAUGGGAGAAACCAGAUGACCUCAAAUCACCUGCAGAGCAAAUGCUUUCUAAGUGCCCAUGGAAGGAGUACAAGUCUGACACUGGAAAGCCUUAUUACUACAACUCUCAGACUAAAGAGUCACGCUGGACAAAGCCUAAAGAACUCGAAGAUUUAGAAGCGAUGAUAAAGGCAGAGGAGAAUGGGACCGUGGACGUUGUAGCUCCUGGCACCACUCCCACUCUCGCAGCUCACACGGAAACAGCGCUCACUGUGCCAACUGUUCCAGAGGCUGAUGCUACCAUAGCAACGAGUGUUGCAGAAGAACAGCCAUCUCAAAUGCCUGUGCAGGGGACUGAGGGAGGCAGUGAAGCAACAGUGGCAUCACCCAAGGACACACCCACAACCGAGACCCAGCCCAGUAAUGACACAUCUAAAGAAGAAAGGCCGGAGCUGGUGAAGAAAGUGUACAAGUGGAACACCAAAGAGGAAGCAAAACAGGCCUUCAAAGAACUGCUCAAGGAGAAGGGUGUGGCGUCGAAUGCGUCCUGGGAGCAGGCCAUGAAGAUGAUCAUUAAUGACCCUCGUUACAGUGCUCUGCCCAAGCUGAGUGAGAAGAAGCAAGCAUUUAAUGCCUACAAGGUUCAGACAGAGAAGGAGGAGAAAGAGGAGGCCAGGAUAAAAUACAAAGAAUCCAAAGAGACAUUUCAACGUUUCUUAGAGAACCACGAGAAAAUGACUUCCACCACCAGAUACAAGAAAGCAGAACAGAUGUUUGGUGAUCAGGAAGUGUGGAGCUGUGUUCCAGAGAGAGACAGACUGGAGAUUUAUGAUGACGUUCUCUUCUACUUGGCCAAGAAAGAGAAGGAACAAGCCAAGCAACUAAGGAAGAGGAAUUGGGAGGCACUGAAGAACAUCUUGGAUAACAUGGCUAAUGUGACUUACCGCACCACCUGGUCCGAGGCUCAGCAAUACCUGCUGGAUAAUCCCACAUUUGCUGAGGACGAAGAGCUACAGAACAUGGACAAGGAGGAUGCACUGAUCUGUUUCGAGGAGCACAUCCGUGCACUGGAGAAGGAAGAAGACGAAGAGAAGCAGAAAUCUUUGCUGAGAGAGAGACGUAGACAGCGCAAAAACAGGGAAUCUUUUCAGAAAUUUCUGGAUGAGUUGCAUGACCACGGCCAGCUGCACUCUAUGUCAGCAUGGAUGGAGAUGUAUCCAACCAUCAGCUCAGAUAUCCGCUUUGCUAGCAUGCUGGGACAACCAGGCUCUACACCUUUGGAUUUGUUCAAGUUCUAUGUGGAAGAUCUCAAGGCUCGUUAUCACGAUGAAAAGAGAAUCAUAAAAGACAUUUUAAAGGAUAAAAGCUUUCUGGUGGAGAUUAGCACCAGCUUUGAAGACUUUGGUUCGGUUAUCAGCUCUGACAAGAGGGCCACCACUCUAGAUGCCGGCAACAUCAAACUAGCCUUCAACAGUCUUCUUGAGAAAGCAGAAGCACGAGAGCGGGAGAGAGAAAAAGAAGAGGCCAGAAAGAUGAAAAGGAAAGAGGCUGCCUUCAAGAGUAUGCUGAAGCAGGCCACACCCUCACUGGAGCCUGAAACUUCAUGGGAAGGGGUACGAGAGAGAUUUCUAAAGGAGCCAGCAUUUGAAGACAUCACUCUGGAGUCGGAGAGAAAGAGGAUAUUUAAAGAUUUUAUGCAUGUACUAGAGCACGAGUGUCAGCACCAUCAUUCCAAAACCAAGAAACACUCAAAGAAAUCCAAGAAGCAUCACAGAAAACGAUCACGUUCUCGCUCGGGUUCUGAAUCUGAGGACGAUGAGUAUCACUCGAAAAAGAAGAAGCGCUCUACAUCGAAAUCUCCGUCAGAGCACUCUUCCUCAGGGGAAUCAGAGAGGAGCUACAAAAAAUCCAAGAAACACAAGAAGAAGGGAAAGAAGAGAAGACACAAGUCUGCUUCCCCAGAGUCUGAUGUAGAAAAGGAUAGAAAGGGACGAGACAAAGAAAAGGAUAAAGAGAAUGAUAAGUCCAGAGGGAAAAACCGCAGUGAAUCCAAACAGAAAUCUCCCAAGAGGAAAGCGCCUAGAGAGGAGGGAGGGUGGGACACGUCAGGCAGUGAACUGAGUGAAGGAGAGCUGGAGAAGAGGAGGAGAACUCUCUUGGAGCAGUUAGAUGCACCUUAGAUGUCCUAUACCUGUGUCCAUCCACUUUACCCUGUAAAAGCUGCAUUCCUCAUAAACGUUUGUAUGAUGACUCAAACAGUACAUUUAUGCCGUGCAUGGACAACGAUUCUUUCCCUUUAGGAGGCUUAGGAGGAAGCGCUCACUGAUCAGAAAUAACCUCCAUGUUUCUCUGUAGUUUCUCAGGAGAACUCGGUCAGGGUGCAAAACUGAGUGAGUGCACAAAGUGGUCUUUUCUGGCGACCUGUUUUCCUUAUACCGUUUUGUUCUCCUUAUCUCCAUUGCCACAAUUGUUUUUAGGUAGCUGUACAUUUAUUUUGUAAUUGCCAAUUGUUUGUCUUAAAAUUAUUGUUUACAGGUGAAAUAAAUGCUUGGAACUUUUCCAAAAAAAAAAAAAAAAUCAAUUAGAAUCAAGAUGUUUACCGGACAAUGGUAAUUGUUUAAAGAACUAUUUUCAAAAGUAUUUUAAACACAAAAUACUCACACAAUAAACGGUAUUAUACCACA